UGAAAAAUGGUGCCAGUAUGCAAAGUGAACGCCCCAGCCAGCGCCGUCCUAUAAAACAUGCCCUCAGGCCCUCGCAGAGGAGACGUUCCCAUCAGGAAAGCUUCACUUCCAACCAUGUUCAGGCUUGUUGUGCUGCUGCUGGCCGCUCUUUCCAGUGCCAAGUGUGAACAGUUGACCCAGCCGGCCGAUCUGACUCUGCGGUCUGGUGAGGAGAUGAACAUCGCCUGUCAGGUGUCUUAUAGUAUGGGCAGCUACUACACUGGUUGGGUCAGGCAGCCUGCUGGGAAAGGACUGGAAUGGAUCGGGGCCAGAAGCUCUAGUUAUUAUUACCCCAAGGAGUCCCUGCAAAACAAGUUCAGUAUUGAACUAAACCCCUCCAGCCAAACAGUAACCCUAAACGGAAAGAAUAUGCAGCCCGAAGACUCGGCUGUGUAUUAUUGCGCCAGAACUCUUUUACAUUGGACUGUAUCGCUGUGAUACUUGGACUACUGGGGGCAAGGAACCCGAGUCACAGUUACAUCUGGUACACCGAUCAGACCGAGCGUCUUUCCUCUGAUCCAAUGUGGCUCCGGAGACACGUUUAGUCUGGGCUGUCUGGCCACCGGCUUCUCACCCUCUCCACUGACCUUCUCGUGGAGCAAAGACGGAACCGUCUUGACCGAUGUCAUCCAGUAUCCUUCAGUCGACAACAACAGAAUCUACACGGGAGUCAGUCGAAUCCAAGUGAGGAGAGCCGACUGGGAGAACCGGGCCAAAUUUCGAUGCGUUGCCAAACAUUCAGCGGCGGAUGUUGAAGUGAUAUUCGACAAACCAGAAGAGGCCUUCCACCAGUUGCCAACUCUUAAUGUGUUGGCCUCUCCCGACGCCCAGGCUGAGGCUGAGGCUUCCUUUGCCUGCUUUGCCAAAGAUUUUGCCCCGAACGAUUUCGAGUUCACCUGGCUGCAAAACGGAAACAGCGUCAUUGGCAAAAUCGAUGAAAUCAAGACGGAGGCCAGGAAGGGCGCGAGCACAUCCAAGCUUUACAGCGCGGCCAGUUUUCUCACGCUGAGGCCCAACCAGUGGUUGAUCGACACCAACAUCACGUGCCAGUUUAAAGGGAAAGGCGCGCAGGGAGACGUUUUUGCGGCAUCGUCCAUCGUUCGCCAGUGUACGUCCGCGGACGUAGACAUCCGGAUCACCGGCCCCACGUUGGAGGAGAUGUUUUUGCAAAAAAAAGGAACCGUCACCUGCCAAGUCACAGUCAGCAAGCCGGUGGUGAAGGAUAUCUCGUGGGAGAGCCAAGACGGGGAGAACAUGGCCGGUACCUCCGUUUCCGUUCCGAGAGGCCAAACGGGCGUGUUUCGCACGCUGCUCGACAUCACCUACGACGAAUGGAGGAAGGGCAUCCGGCGCGACUGCGUGGUGGUGCGCUCGGAUACGGGGGAAUCGCUGAAGAAAUCCUACGAAAGGCAAAUCGGUAAAACGGCGCAGCGUCCCACGCUUUUUAUGAUGGCGCCGGUGGAACAUAGUAGAACAGACACGGUGACCCUGACUUGCUUUGCAAAAGACUUCUUCCCUCGCGAGGUUCUGAUGACUUGGCUGGUUGACGACGAGCCCGUCAACUCCACCUACGUUCACAGCACCACCGCACCUGUGGAAAACGGAGGCUCCUAUUCCGUCUACGGCCAGCUAACGCUCAGCCUGGAGCAGUGGCGAAGAUUCGACGUGAUGUAUAGCUGCGUCCUUUACCACCAAUCUUUGGCCGCCACCGCUAACGUUAUUGUCAGGACCGUGACGUACACGUCCGCCAAAACCACCACGGCCAACUUCAGCAUGGGCGACCCUGAAUUGUACUUGCUGGUGGAGACAAGCCACCAAUGGAGGAAUACGGUGGAUGCGGACCAAGACAACAUGGGAUACACGGCGUUCACCUUCAUCCUCCUCUUCCUCAUCACGCUGCUCUUCAGCAUCAGGACAAUCGUUGUAAAGGGCGCUCAAUUAGCGGCAGUUCCGGCAGCGACGACCGCCCCUCCGGACGUCACUCCAGAAAUGACAUUGUAUCCGCUGUGGGAGGAUAAAUCGGGAGCCCCCAAGGUCAAACUUUUGUGCCUCAUCAGCGGCGCCUUUCCAAUCACGACGAGCGUCCAGUGGCUACGGGACGAUCGAAAGGUAGCUGCCGCCCAGACCGGGACCUUUGGGCCUGCGGCGGGAGGAGCCAAAACCUUCACCCUCAUCAGCAAGAUGGAGCCCAGCGAGAGAGAGUGGAAGAGCGGCUCCAAGUUUACGUGCAGGUGGAUCGGAGGCAAAAAAGAAAUGCAAAGGUCCAUCAGCAUUUGUGAAACUCAGGCAAGCAGCGCUCCUUCCAUUCACGUGGAGCUUCCCAGCUUCAAAGCCGUGAUGACGGAAGGAUCCCCAGCCGAAGCCGUUUGUCGGGUUGGCACCGCGUUGGGUGCCGCCGUCACCUUGCUGGCGGAAGGCGCCGGCGCCGCUGUCGAGCAGGUCGGCCGGCGCAACGGGUCUCACUUGGUCAGCGUUCUGACACUAUCGCCAGACCAGUGGAAACGAAUGAAGUGGCUCACAUGUAAAGUGGAGCACCGCUGCUUCUCGGACAUCAAGGCGAGAGUCCCUGUGGCAGAGUCGGCGGUCGUCAAGGCUCCGUCGGUGGUCGUCAGGCGAUCGCUUGGCGAUUUGCAGACGGAAGACGGGGCUGUGUUUGAAUGCCACGUCACGCCACUUGACCCCGUCGACCUCUACGUCAGCCUACAGGCUGACGGCGUGGACGUUUCCGACAAACGCUUCGUCGCCCUCUCCAAAGCCCCCAGCGGCCAUUCCAUCAGUCCGCGUUUCAGUUUGCCCAAGUCUUUGACCAAGGAGGACGCCCGUUUGACCUGUAAGGUGAAUCAAGGCUUCUCAGGCAUCUUCAAGUCAAAGCCCUUGGACGGCAUUUUCGCGGAACCGUCGGUGGAGCUCUUCCUGGUCACGGGUCAAGAGUCAAAAACUCAGCGACUCCUUUGCUCUGGAUGGGGCUUCAAGCCUCAGAUCACUUGGUUGAGCGGAUCUGAGGAAAGACCUCCGUCGAGGACCUCCGACUUCAGCAUGAGUGCGGAUGGACGCGUGGCUGUUGCCAGUCAACUGGACGUCGACCGAGAAGAGUGGCAAAGUGGCAAACUCUUCACUUGUCAAGUGUCGGACGCAUGGCUGGAGAGAACUUCCACGAGUGCCGUCAAUUUCUGCUCAGUCAUCCCAUCACGGGCUGACAAGGUCGCAGUGUACGUUCAAGGACCACCGCUCACAGAGUCGCCGCAGAGCCAACACGUGGACGUCACGUGCCUUUUGGUCGGCGUUCAUCUUGAGCAUUUCUCCAUCUCCUGGAAAGUAGACGGGAAGGAAUAUCUGCACAAUUCCCACACGGAGACGCCGAGCGUUCACGACAACGGCACCGAGACGCUUCGGAGCUCCCUCAGGGUGUUAACCAGUGACUGGGAGGCAUAUAAACAAGUCUCCUGCCAGGGGACGCACAAGUGCUCCAAGCGGGGCUACCAGGCCCACGUGAGCAAAAGCAAAGACUGGAAUCCGCCGACAGUGCAGAUCGUCCCGCCGAGCGUCUCUAAGCUGACCGCCUCCGGUGACCUCACGCUGACUUGCCUGGUUUCUGGAUUUUCCCCGGAUGACAAAAUAGUGUACUGGGAGAAAGACGGCCAACGAGUGCCACCGGGUUCAUACGCUAACGGCCCGUCGUGGAAAUACCGAAGCACUUUUUCAAUGAGCAGCACGCUAACAGUAUCCAGGAGUGAAGAUCGGGGAUCCGCUUAUUCUUGUCGGGUCAGACACGAGUCGUCAAAAACACCUUUUGGGAGCACGAUUGAGGAUGUCUUUGCCGCGGUGACCCCCAGCCCACCGUCCGCCAUCUUGCUGCGGGGUUCGGGUGAACUGGUGUGCCUGGUCUUCGGCUUCAGUCCGCAGGCCAUCGACGUCUCCUGGUUUCUCGAUGACGCCGACGAGCUGUCGUACUCCAACACCAGUCAACCCAGCAGAGGCCCAGACGGGAAAUUCAGCGUCCGGAGCCGCCUACGUUUGACCCCAGUCGACCUGUUACCCGGCGCCGUCCACACCUGUCGGGUGACCCAUGCCACCCUCACGCUGAACUUGAACGUAACAAAUCCAGUGAUUUUGCCAGAUUGCAACGUAUUGGACGACAUUGCCGAUGCGGUUGUCAAUCAAGAUAUCAAUGUGGAAAGUUGGUAUAUGUCCGCCACGUUCCUUGUGCUUUUCCUCAUCUCCAGCCUCUACGGCGUCUUGGCCACGCUGGUUAAGACGAAAUAAUUGCGGCGCCAGAACUGACGCUAUUGGAUUCUUCUAACGGUUGCUGAUGGCAGAGGAGCUACGUAGCAUUGUGAACCUUUGUCCAUUUUAUAUCAUAGAAACAACUGUAGCUUUUUUAAAAUACUACUUUGAAAACGUGUGAUCUUUUGAUUUUGGUUGUAAAAUACCCAGAGAACAUUGCAGCUCACCACCGCUACCCGCCCUAUCACAUUCGAGUGAUUCAAAAAUAAACAAAUAACUAAAAUGACGCUUCAAUAUUGUGAAAAAUCCAAUAUGACUCCUCUUAAAAGAGAUGGCUCUGUCAAAACCGGUCCUAGCUGGUAUCUACUGCACGGACUGUAACAAUUAUUGUUGCCCCAGUGCCAAAUAAAUUGUAACAUAUUA